AUGAUUGCCAAAAGUGCAAAAAUUAAAAGAUACGAUCAAAGGAUUAACCAGUUCAGACAAAAUCGAAUAUUUAGUGUUGACCAGAAUUUUUUUUACAAGGAAUUGAAUGGAGGUGAAAUUAGAACAAACGAGGUACCAGAUGCUGAGGAGAGUAGAAGGUUUUGUGGUGAUAUUUGGUCAGUUGAGAAGGAACAUAACAAAGGUGCAGAGUGGCUGUCUGAGUUAAAGUAUGAAGUUAAAGGGAAACACUCACAGGAAGCGGUCAAUAUAAGUAUCGAAAGUGUCAGAAAACAAGCUAAGAAAAUUCCAAACUGGAAGUGUCCUGGCAAAGAUGUUGUCCAGGGAUAUUGGAUCAAAAACCUGACUAACAUGCAUGACAGAAUUGCUGAUCAACUAAAUAACAUUUUGAUGGGAACGGAUACCCUUCCCAAGUGGUUAACACAUGGAAGGACAGUGUUGUGCCAAAAGGAUCCCAGGAAAGGGAAUGCAGUUGAGAACUAUAGGCCGAUAACGUGCCUUCCACUGAUGUGGAAACUGGUGGCAGGAAUCAUAGCUGAUCAAAUGUACGAUUACCUAGAAAGAGAAUAUCUACUACCUGAUGAACAAAAAGGUUGCAGGCGAAGGAGCCGGGGUACAAAAGAUCAGUUAUUGAUUGACAAAACAACCCUGAAGGAUUGCAAGAAAAGGUACACUAAUCUGGCUAUGGCGGGGAUAGACUAUAAGAAAGCUUGUGACUUUGUUCCCCAUAGUUGGAUUAGUGAGUGUAUGGAAAUGUUUGGAGUUUUUGCAAAGAAGCAUGUUGCAGUGGAAGUUGUCCUUAACUUCCAAUGGAGAGGAACUUGGCGAUGUGGAUGUAUGGAAUUUGGAAUCAAGAAAUGUGGAGUUCUAGUCCUAAAAAGAGGGAAGAUUGUAAGAUGUGAGGGCAUAGAAUUACCGAAUGAUGAGAUAAUAAAAGAAGUGGGACAAGAAGGAUAUACUUAUCUGGGUAUUGUGGAAUUAGAUAAGGUGAAGGAGAAGUAA